CACAAAUUAGUGCACACAAAUCUUGUUCCUAAUCAUCCUCAGCUCAUCCACCACCCUCUCCCUAUAUAACCCUCGUCAACAGUUUUAUUUCCUCCAAAACCCUUCAUUCUUUCUUCCGCCCCUCCCCUAUUAUCUUCCCUACUACCUAUUCUCAAACUCUGAAACUCCAUCUCAAAAACCCAAAAUCACCCUUUCUGUCUUAACAACUAAUUUUUUUUUUUUUUUUUUUUUGAAGACUUCUGUCUUAACAACUCAUGUUUCCAAAUUUUGACAUAAAACCUGCCUCUUUUUUUUUUUUUUGUUCCUUUUUUCUUUCCCUUUUUAUUUUUAUUUUCUUGAUUUGGGAAGUGUAAAACUGAUAAGAGUUUAAUGCCUUUUUUUUCAUUGGGAUCAGCAUCAACAACAGUAGCUGUAGCAGAAACCAGGUUUUACAGUUUUGGCUUUUUUAUACACCAAUUUUCCUCACUUUUUUAUUUUCCCUAAUUUCUUAAUUUUUCCUAGCUACUUCAACAAAACCUGAUUUUCUAGAGGGUGAAAAAAGAAAAAUUGAAAAAUACCCAAAAUCCUUUAAUCUGGAUUUUCAGGGAUUUAGAGACCAAAUAUCUAACAACCAACAAAAGCAAGAAGAAAUUAGUCAUGUAAUUCAACAACAAAACAAUUUGCAAAACACACCCUACACUACUACAAAGCAAAGGGGCAAAAUGGGGCUAAAGAGUACAACAGGAGGUGAGAUUGUUCAAGUUCAAGGAGGUCAUAUCAUCCGGGCUACUGGUCGCAAAGAUCGACACAGCAAGGUGUUCACUGCCAAGGGUCCUAGAGACCGUAGAGUCCGUCUUUCCGCUCACACCGCCAUCCAAUUCUAUGAUGUACAAGAUAGGCUUGGCUAUGACAGACCUAGCAAGGCGGUCGACUGGCUCAUCAAGAAGGCGAAGGCAUCCAUUGAUAAGCUUGACGAGUUACCACCUUGGGAUCCAACAGCUGGUCCUUCCAACGGUGUUGAUGUGAAUGUAGGGUCUACGGAUUUUACUGUGGGUGAUAAUUCUGGAUCGUCGUCAUUUUAUGCUCCACAAUGUGUUGAUACACAAUCUUUAGGAGAUAGUAUGAAGUCUUUUUUCCCUACUAAUAAUACAUCUGGUGAGAAUUCAAUUAGUUUUCAGAAUUAUCAGCAUGAGUUCAUUGCAAGAGGUGGAAGCCAAAACAACGAAGAUCUUUGUCUGUCUCUCCACACACUUCAGGAUCCGGAAGGUGUUCGUAAUGGCCAACAUCAGCAGACACAUUCGAAUCACAACUCGGGUCUCUUCCAAGGGUCAGGUUCGUCUAUGGGAUUUGAUGUUGGGACAGGUGGAUGGCCAGAAUCACAACAGCAACAACAAGAUUUAGGCCGGUUCGCUAGGAUGUUCGGUUGGCCUAGUGGUGGUAGUGCUGGUGGAGAAGGGAGGGGAGGAAUGUUAUUCAAUCCUUCACCAUUGCAGCAAGGCCCAAUGACGACUUCAACCUAUUCUCAGCGGGGUCCCCUUCAGUCCAGUUUCUCUUCACUAGUACGAGUUUUCGAGGAUAAUAACCACCAACACACCCACCACCACCACCACCACCCUCAAGAUAUGUCGAGCAUCGGACAUGGAUCCGACGGAUUCAUGGGUUUUUACAUCCCAUCACAACUUCAUGGUGAAUUACAUGGUGGUACAAAUUCUAUGUCUAAUAAUAGAGCAUCCUCAUCAUCUUUGUCCCCUGAUUCAAGCCAACAUUAGUUUGAUGACGACAUCGAAUGCCGCCAAAGGAGCUAGAGACAUUCCAUAAACAGCUCAAGUGCCGUGGCUUAGGAAGAGAAUAUCCAUUUCUGAUGCAACAAUCAUGCAAAAAAUCGGCCACUUUUUAUCAAAUUCGAUUCUCCUAAUACAUUGUUCAAUUUCGUGCUCUUUCAUUUUUGCGUGAGUAUAUUUUCUUGCUCAAACUUUCCUUUCAAUGUUUCGUAAUUUCAACUAUUAGUAGCAAAUUUUAACUGUUACAUUGACGGGUUAUAGGAGUAAUUUUUGGGAUUAACAAUUUGCUAGUUUGAAAUAAAUUAACUAGGUACCUUUGCUGUAAUUCGGAUUAUAAUUAGUAUAACCUUAAUCAUGAUUAACA